AAACAUCUUACCACCCGAUACGAUAUUACUGUAAGAUUACAAAAAAUCUUAUGUGACAGUAAGAUCUUUCAAAAAUCUUACAAUACGGUCCUGUGUACGAUUGUGGAGACGAUGGUUUUCUGUAAGAUUUUGUCUGAUCUUACAAGAUCUUACGUCUGCAUUUUUGACCUGGGAACAGUUGACGUUAAUAAUCCAGGAUAAACAUUACGAUUAUCAUAAACGGUCAUAUACGACAACAUGAAUGAUCGUGUAAGAUCGUACACGUUGCAAAAUACGAUCGUAUAUGGUCCUAUACUUGACCCUAGAAUUACGACUGUAUGCCAUUGUGUCCUAUACAACGAAAUACGACAUGUAUAUGACUAUCAUGAAUGACCGUACAUUGUCGUAUAUGACUUCGUUUAUCGUCAUAUUUCAUAGAGCUUCUUGUUUAGUAAAGUUUCAGAAAUACAAAAUGAAAGCAGAAGUUUUUUCCUUUUUUUCAUAUGGUUAAAUAGAGCUUGACGAGCUGAUCAAGGAUAUGCGUGCUUUAAUUCUUUGAAGUGAGCUUUCAGUUAAAAAUUCUCAGUUUUCUCGUAUGACCUCCUGUGUCUGAAAAAAAGAAAAAAGAAAAGACAAUUUUCCAUAAUCGACCAAUUUUUAAUUUUUUCAUUUGCUUCAAAUUUUAAAAUUGUUUGUUUCGGAUUCAGCAUGAAAAACUGAGUCCAAGACAGUCAUUUAUAUCCAUUACAUAUAACAGGAUACAAUGAUAUCAUAUCUCUUGUAUAAUGUUCAUCUAAAAUGUUCUGCGACGUAAUCUCAAUUAGAAAUCAUUCAUAAAUGAUAUUUUCAUGAAUGAUUUUGUAAAAAGGAAAAAGAAGAUAGUGUAACAAAUUCUACAAGCUUUACUCUUAGAUUUUCUCGUUCAUUUAGUUCAGUUCGUCAUUAUAAAAAAAAGAAAAAUAAAACUAUUUGUUUGUCUUAAACAUUGAAUAAGUGUUAAAACUAAAAUUUCAAAUGCCGAAGAAGACAAAAAAGAUACAAUACAAAUAAGUUCAUUUUUAUUUUGUCUACUUUAUAUAUAUAAGAAUGAGUCGAUUAUAUCUAGUUGUGGAUUCAGAUAAGAUAAUAUCCGCAUUGCUCUUUGCUUGUUCGUGGUCUUUUUUUUCAUAUUGAUAAUUAUAGUCUCAAGAACUCAUCGAAAUUUUUAUUAUAAGAUUAAGAUAACGUCAACGAAACACUUGACUUUCUGGAUGGAUAUAUAUUUAGAGUUUUUUAUUUCUAACAUAUAUAUAUGAGUGAACAUUCUCUUCUUGAGCUUUUGUUCUUUUGAUCUUUGAUAAACUUUUUGUAUUUACACAUUGAUACACAAUCAAAUUUGGCCGAAUUUGACAUUGUCAGUCUAGUACAAGAAUUAAACCCACGUUAUGGUUUACGUGCUGAUACUGAUUUCGUUUAUUCAAACGAAGAUUUUAUUCAAACACCACGUAUUGACGGUUCUGAAUUUGAAGGUUUAGCUAAUACAAAAAGUCGUGGUCUUCUUGUUUAUUACAGUGAAGCUUUUUUUGCUAAUGCUUGA